AUGCCGGGAAAGACCAAGUCCACGUCAUCGAUAUCGUUUUGGAAAGCCCUCGUCGAGUACCGCUCCCCCGACGUGAACUCCAGCACUGUGGUUGCCUUAUCAGAGGGAACAUCACUACUGGGGAAUCCGUCGCUCGGCUCCUGCGUGUUGCUUCGCCAUUGCUACCUGCAUCUGUUUGACCUAGAUAUCCACGACAUGACCACCCCCCACGUCGUGAUCGUUGGUAGCCUGGGCAUCGGCAAGACCUUUUUCGGCUAUUUGGUCUUGCUUCGAUUGGCCAAAGCUGGAAAAACGGUAGUAUAUGAAAACGGAGUGACCAACACGCGAAUUUUGUUCAGCCGUGAUGACGAUGCCAAGCCUGCCGCGGACGAUAUCGAGUCUACUUCGUACCACACCAUGACGAUCGAACAGUCGUCACCACAGAAACAUUUCCUUUUGAAUGGCAUCUGCGUCCAUCACCCCAUCAGUGGUGGCGGACUGCUUAUUUCAUUGGGGUGGCCUGCCACGCGAUGUGCUGCAGUUGCCAACCACCAGGCCAAGCUGGAGCAAGCGUUGGAGGUUGUGACCCUGGACUACACGAAGCGAGCGAUUUCCGAAAUUAAGUGGAAUGGGGACGAGUACCGCAGCGACUACUUCAUUGCCGUAUGGUCACUACGACGGCUUCGUCUUCGCAUCGAAAUACGUGCAAGAAGUGUACCGACGCCUGUGCGACAAGGACAAAAGGGGACCCUCCUUGAUUUCAUUUCCAAUCCUCCAAUUGAGCGCAUGGCCGUGUCAGCGUAA